UGCUGGAAAAUGCAGAUGGAAAUCCCAUCAACAAUGGGAGGAGUUUGACAGAAGGGUCAAAGUGACUCUGGCUGUCCAACCUGGAGAUGUCACAGGCAGUGGCACCGAGAACACAGUUGCCCAUUCAGAUGCCCUGUCUCUGAGCCGUCCUGCCCGCGCCCAGCACAACGCAGUGUCGUGUGCACCCUCCACUCCUACAUACUGGAUAUACAGAAUGGCUGCUGGUUCUGGACCAUCUUUCCUGCGUUGGAUCCUUGUCCUCCUAACAGUCUCAGCCAGGUGUUCGGUGUCGGCGUUCAAGGUGAUGGAAGGUGAUACUGCGACAUUGUCCUGUCAAUAUUCAGUGGGCCGUUUGGGUUUGAGCGGUGUGUGUUGGGGCCGAGAAUGUGGCACGUUCUGGUGCAAUAACAUUAUCGUGCAGACAGACGAACAUGGGGUCAUCUCCAAGGUUUCGGACAGAUACAGAAUGACAGGUGAUGUCCUCGCGGGAGAAAUGGACCUUGGAAUUCUCGACGUCAAGCAGACGGACAGCGGGCCGUACUGUUGCAGAGUGGACAUAGACGGCAUUUUCAACGACAAAAAAGUAAUCCAAAACUUGAGGGUCAUGAAAGCUGCUCCAGUAACCAUUAUGUCAACAACCACAGAAGCUAACCCUGCCACAGACCACUGGAAAGCUGUUGAGUCGUCACACAUAGCCAUUCCAAGACAGAACACCAGUGUUUUGCAUUCUGUAACACUGGUGGAUGACCCUUUCCCCAGCCUCUCUCUCCAGAUCAACAUCCCGGUACUCUCUCUCUCCCUCAGUCUACUCCUACUCAUAGUGGGGGCAUUGGUCAUACUGGGGUUCAAACGGAUGCACAGAAGAGCUCUAAAAGCAGGCUGUUUGUCAGCCAAGGAGCCGCCCCACAUCAUCUAUGAGAUUCGCAUGAGGAGACCUGUGGAGGAGAACAUCUGUACUCUGGACAAGGGAGGAGGGACCUAUUCCCGAUAUGGUACACUACUUUUGACCAGGACUCUGGUCAAAUGUAGUGCCACAUACAGUAUGUAGGAAACAGGGUGCCUUUUGGGACGCACCCACUGUGACACACAGACAUCAGACUGGCUGUCCUCACAUCUUCAUGUUAACUGACGUCCAUUGGACUGAUCACGGUCGCCUGAAACCUGCCUCACAAUGAACACCUAUCUCAAAGGCUCUAUUUUCACCUACUGAGGGAACUGUUGUACAGAGAGACACCUUGAAGGAUGAUUCAAACUAAUGAAAAAGAGUUUGGGUUCCCCCCCCCAAGUAAAAUGUAUUUAUUCACUUUUUUCUACAUUGUUAUUGUACUGUGUGAUUUUUUUCUUCUUGAUACACAGUGUUGGAUUGUUUUUUACAAACUGUCUGAAUUUAGUCUCUUUCUAAUAAAACAUCAAGUAAACCCAACCAGUAAUUUUGUUGAUAAUUAACAUGGUGUUCAACGUUUGGAAUUUCUAGAGGCUAUACCCCCAAGAAAACAAAGAGACUAUUUUUUUCCUCUAGUGGAUUCUCUUUGACAGCAAAGGCACAGGCAGAAUGGAUAUAGGGGGAAGGGAAUGGUGCUGCAUGCAAAAUUCUCCUGCCAAAUUCUUUUUCAUAGCCACGUAUUUUAAGUUGAAUCAAUGGUCUCCUUUUAGGAGUUUUAUACAUUUAGGUCAGUUAGGAUCACCAGUUUAUUUUAAGAAUGUGAAAUGUCAGAACAUUUCCAAAUGCCUGAAGG